AUGCCAAGACCAUCUAAAAGAAAAUUACACACAAGAAACCUAGUAAAUAGUAAAGAAAGAAAUUCUAAUGGAACUUUUGGUAUUAAAAAAACAAAAGAAUUGAAUUAUUCUUCAGUAGAAGCUCUCAAACAUGGUGACAAUGAUAUUAUCUGGGAAGAAAAAGACAUAGAACAAAUAGAAUCAGAUGAUUCUUUGACAAAAAUUCUUGAUGAUGAGUCAAUACAAUGGCUUGCUGACACCUUACCUUACGAAGCAAAUAAUGAUUCAAAAAAGGAUGCACGUUGUUUAAAACAAUGUUUGUUGCAAGAUUAUGAAUGGGACCUUCUGGAAAAAGUUUUGUUAUUGCUAAAACCAUUUGAAGAAGCAACAACAUUUUUUUCUGGUGCACAAUAUCCAACAUUGUCUCUUAUGUAUCCUACAAUCCAAAAAUUAAAAAUUAAAUAUGCUUGUGGUGUAACAGGUAGAAAUAGAAAAGAUGAUAAUGACAAUGAUGAAUUAAUUUCAUCUGAUGAUGAAACUGAUAUUGAUGGUAAUUGUGAUUAUGAUCAUGGAGAAAGUCAAAAAAAAUCCAAUCCACCACCAAGACCCAAUCUAAAUAAUAUAGCCAUGAUAUUUCAACAAAAAAUAUAUGAGACUAUUGAAAAAUUGAAUGAACUUUAUUUAGAAUUAAAAUAUGUUGAAGAACAAGAUAGACAAUCAUCAUGUAUUUCAUCAUCAUCACAAGCAACAAAAGUCUCACCAUUUUUUGAAUCAAUAUUUGGAAAUUUAAAUGAUGAGGAUUUGACUGCGUGA